AUGCCACGCCGUUUGCCUAUACGAGAUGUAGUGGGUGGGUUGGUUACUUCAGUUGCAUCUGCAGUUAAAGAUUGGUUGCAUUAUACACUUGUAGCCCUGGCCUGGCUAGGCAUUGUACCAUUAACUGCUUGUAGAACCUACCGAUGCCUAUUUUCAGGCUCUCUAGAUCCCGUUAUAUCAUUGCCAUUUGAUAUAGUAUCAGCAGAGAAUCUAGCUAAAGAUGUGUUCUCUGGCUGCUUUGUUGUGACAUGCACAUUAUUUUCAUUUAUUGGCCUUGUUUGGCUUCGUGAGCAAAUCAUGCAUGGUGGAGGGCCAGACUGGAUGGAAAGAGAGAAUCUCCCUGUGGCUCCUGCUGAGGAAAUUCCACUGCCUGAUAAUAAUAAUGACCGCAUAAAUGAGGCCCCAGUAGAAGAUGGAGGGGUGCGGGAGGAAGGAAAUGGAGAUGCAGGGGAAGAUCCUUUAGUUGGAGAUGAAGCUAAUUGGAAUCCGAUGGAGUGGGACAGAGCUGCAGCUGAGGAAUUAACAUGGGCUCGUCUUCUGGGAUUAGAUGGAUCAAUGGUGUUUCUAGAACAUGUGUUUUGGGUUGUUUCCUUAAACACUCUUUUUAUUGUUGUGUUUGCAUUUUGCCCUUACCACAUUGGGAGACUAGGGGCUGCUGUAGCUGGAUUAACUGCUGAGGGUCCUUUUGCCGGCCCUUUGACUGCUUUAGCAGGAUAUGUAUUAGUUGGAACCAUUUUGGCAGUGCUACAUGGAAUGGCAUCAUUGUUGCGCUUACGAAGUGCAAAGAAGGCCCUUGGUUUUUGCUAUGUUGUUGUGAAGGUUGCACUGUUAUCCGUGGUUGAGAUUGGAGUUAUACCACUUGUAUGUGGUUGGUGGUUGGACCUUUGUUCUCUUUCUAUGUUUGAUGCAACCUUGAAAGAUAGAGAGGCUAGUCUCCAAGCUGCACCAUGGACAUUAAUGUUUAUCCACUGGCUUGUUGGGAUGGUCUAUGUGUACUAUUUCGCAUCAUUCAUAUUGCUUUUAAGAGAGGUCCUGAGACCAGGUGUGCUUUGGUUUUUGAAGAAUUUGAAUGAUCCUGAUUUCAGUCCUGUACAGGAAAUGAUUCAUCUGUCAGUAUGGUCACACAUAAGGCGCUUGGUGGUUUCUGCAAUGAUAUUUGGUACUGCUGUUUUGUUUAUGCUGUGGCUACCAAUACGCGUGAUUAAGUAUGUGCUUCCUGGAUUCCUUCCGUACGCUGUAGCAGUUCAUACUGAAGCCCCUGUGAAUGAGCUAAGCCUGGAGUUGCUACUGUUACAAGUAAUUCUUCCAGCGUUGUUAGAGCAAUCGCACACGCGCACGUGGCUAAAAGCGGGUCUGCGUGCGUGGUGCGCGUGUGCGGCGGGCGCGUUAGGUCUGCGCUCGUACUUGUUGGGAGAAGCUUCCAGAGACAGCGAGCCACACCCACCCCCUAACCCACCACACCAACUCGGUGCCGCUCAUCAGGCGUUGGUGUGGCGCGACGGGCCGGCCGGUUUCGAGCCGUAUGUCCGCGUCUCGUGGUUCCCGUUGCGACUCGCGGCGUUACUCGUACUUGUGGCCAUCUCACUGGUCAUGGCUAGUGCGCUUACUUUGGUAAUACCAGUGGCUAUUGGCAGAAAAGUGAUGGCACUGUGGCUACCAAAAGCUUCAGAGGGCGUGCACGAGUUGUAUACAGCUGCCUGUGGCAUGUACGUGAGCUGGGCGGCGGGACGUGGCGGAGCAUUGGCGGCGGGCUGGGCGCGCGGUGGCCGGGCGGCGCUGCUGGACCGCGCGGCACUGUGGGCGCACCGCGCAGCGCGCGCGACGUUUGCUGCACUCGCAUUGCUGGGCCUCGUGCCGCUCAUGUUCGGACUGCUGCUGGAGCUGGUAUUAGUGAUACCCCUGCGAGUUCCGCUGGAACAAUCGCCGGUGUUGUUCGUCUGGCAAGACUGGGCGUUAGGUGUCUUGUACACAAAGAUUGUCUGUGCGCUCACCAUGAUGGGGCCCGACUGGAGUAUGAGACGAGCCAUCGAAAAAGCGUAUCGAGACGGAAUUAGGGAAAUGGAUUUGAAGUUCAUCCUGACGGAGGUGGCGGCGCCGCUGGUGCGCUGGCUGGGGCUGGCGCUGGCCGUGCCGUACGCGCUCGCGCACAGCGCCGCGCCGCUGCUCGUGAGCUCGCCCGCGCAGCGCAACCUGCUCGCGCGUCGCGUCUACCCCGCGCUGCUGCUGCUCGCCGCGCUCGCCGCCCUCGCCGUGUUCCAGAUUCGGCAGUUCCGCAAACUGUACGAACACAUCAAGAACGACAAGUACCUUGUGGGGCAGCGGCUUGUCAACUACGACCACCGGCGACACAAACAACAACAACAACAACAACAACAGAGCUCAGUUUCAUCGACAAACUGA